AUGUCAGGUUGUUUAGAUGGCAUCAGUUGCAACUGUGGUGUCGAAUGGGAAGGAAAACGAAAUUUGGUCGCUGCUUGUGUAUCGGCGGCAAUGUUUUUUAUCGGUUGGUGGUUAAUGGUUGAUACAGCAGCAAUAUAUACGCCAAUUGGUCAGUGGAAUAAUAUAUAUAUUAUUGUGACUAUAUGCAGUACAGUAGCAAUGUUUAUGGUUAAUGCUGUCUCAAAUAGUCAAGUUCGAGGAGAAUCUAUAAAUGAAGGAGUUUUGGGUACGAAAGGAUCUCGUCUUUGGUUAAUGUUUGGCUUUGUUCUUUCAUUUGCGUCACUGGUGGCUGCAAUAUGGAUUAUGUUCGCUGAUUAUGUAUUAGUAGUGGGCGACCACCCAACAUGGCCAGGUGUUGCAUUGUUUUUCCACAAUUUCCUCAUUUUUCUUGCAUCACUGGUUUAUAAAUUUGGACGCACUGAAGAACUGUGGGGUUAA